CUGCCACCUGUUUUCCCGGGAAUGUCAUGCAACAUAAACAAAAAGUACACGCGUCGCAACCCAGCCCAUCUUCUCUCUCACACAUCCCACCAUUUCUAAGCAGUUAUACUUUUACUCUCACCAUUUCUAAUACUCUGAAUAAACCAACCUUUAAUUCUUGUUCAAUUCUCUAUAUUAUUCAUCUUCUUCUGGAAUUUUGUUUUCUUCUCUACUGUUCGAGUACUGAUAUAUCAGUAGUUGAUGGAGGUGCCAGUUGGAUUUGCGGCCAAGUUGUGGAGUUUUAUCUCUUUUUUGCCCUUCUUCCUCUCCCUCUUCAUAUUAGGCCUUCUCAAAGAAGCAAAAGACUAGGCUGGACUUUGAAGAUUCUUGUGUUGUUGUCAUUGCCUGUACCCUUAAUCCUAUGGCCUGUGUUUGCAAUAAUCGGGAGUCUCAUCGGUGGGUUUGGUUACGGCUUUUUCGCACCGUUGAUUGCAACAUUCGAAGCUGUUGGUGAGAAUGUCACCGACAAGUGCUACCACUGCUUUUCGGACGGUUGCUAUUCCACCGUGGAAGGUAGCUGUACUGUAGUGAGGGAUUUUACCGAUUUUUGCUUCCAUUCUUACUUCUCCUACAUGGAUGAACUCAUUGCCGAAGUCCAUCAAGACGAGAAACCCAUACAAAUAAAGUUAUGGAGGGUCCCAGGUUGUUUAUUGGUGUGUGUAGUUGCUGUUCCGGUGGAUGUUCUUCUGAUAACAGCAGUCGCUCUUUGGAAGAGCCCGUAUAUGCUGUUCCGGGGUUGGAAGAGGCUGUUCGAGGAUUUGACGGGCCGUGAAGGCCCGUUUCUUGAAACUGUUUGCGUUCCGUUCGCCGGACUAGCCAUUCUUCUCUGGCCUUUGGCUGUUUUAGGAGCUGUGUUGGCUUCUUUUCUAUCUAGCUUUGUUCUUGCUCUUUAUUCCGGAGUUAUUGUGCACCAGGAAGAUUCUGUUCGGAUGGGGCUCGCGUACGCUGUGGCGGUUAUUUCGUUGUUCGAUGAAUAUGCUAAUGAUCUACUGUACUUGACAGAAGGUUCAUGCUUCCCCAGGCCUCAGUACCGUAGAAGCACGAAUCCCUCCAAAGGACUAGAGAAAAGGAUGUCACUCGAUAGCAAAAACGAUAGAGAAGGAUUACGCAGUUCCAGGCUAGCUUCUCAAGGAUCAAGAACCCUAAAACAAGCUAUUCAACGAUAUACACCCGUACAGGUAUGGGAUUGGCUGUUCAAGUCUUGUGAGGUGAACGGAAAAAUUAUGCUUAGAGAAGGGCUGAUAAAUAGUAAAGAUAUUCAAGACUGCAUGAUCAAAGGGAACUGCAAGAAGCUCGGAGUUAAGCUACCGGUUUGGUCCGUAUUACAAUGUCUCGUCACAUCGGCUAGAUCCGAUUCACCUGGUUUGAUCAUCUCGGACCAAGUGGAAUUAACAAGAUCAAACUUACCGAGGGAUAAAGUGUUCGAGUGGUUUAUUGGGCCGCUUUUUACCAUGAAGGAGCAAGUGAAGGGAUUGCAAUUGGAAGAAAACGAGGAAAAUUGCCUGAAAAAGUUGGUUAUAGAUUGCAACAAUGAUAGACCCGAAGAUUGGGACAGCACUCGAUUCCCGUCCACCGACAAAGUCAGAACAGCACAGUUGCAAGCUGUAAUUAGGAGGCUUCAAGGAAUAGUGGGGUCGAUGUCGAGAUUGCCGACAUUCAGAAGAAGAUUUAGGAAUUUAGUGAAGGUGUUGUAUGUGGAAGCAAUAGAGAAGGGUCUCUUGGUUGAGGAUUCAUCGAGAGCUGGAUUUCACGGUCGACGUUUGUUUGGAAGAAAAGAAAGGGAGGAUUUUGCUGCCAAUACCAACGAUAGCGGUGGACCUGCUAUCGUAUGACUUUGGAGCAUAGAUUGCUAAUUAAACCAUGUAUGAAACAUAAACAGUCCACGUUUUUUAUUAGCUAUUUAUGUGUCACCU